AUGGCAGAAAUAGACAUCGAGGAGGUGAGGAUUGCGACGAAGGAUAUUGUCCGCCAGGCUUCCGAGGACAAUACACUGCACGAGAUUACGCCGCGUCAGAUUCGCCAGAGGAUUGAGAAGCAGCUAGGUCUGAAUGAAGGGUCCUUGGACGCGAGAGAGUUUAAGGAUGCGGUGAAGGCUGUAACGGCAGAGGCCAUGGAAGAUCUGGAGAACGAGAGAGACUCUAAGGGCAAUAGAAUGGAGGCUGAUGAGGAAAAGGGAGAGAAGGAGCCAGCGCCGAGCAAGAAACGCAAGUCAGAUGCGGCUGUCGCAGAGAACAGAAAGAAGUCACGCGCCGAGAAGUCCGAGAAAGCCACCAGGGCAAGGGAUCAACCCAGCUCUACCUCUACUUCGAAGUCGAAACCUAAAGAUGGCCUCAAGAACCCGAAAGGUCAGAAGGUCGUGCGGUCUGCGUCAAUUGUACCGUCCUCGGACGAGGAGGGAGAUGACAAACCGAAAUUAAAGUCUUCAAACGAAGUGUCUAGCCCAAUCACCCAAGAGCCACCUACACCACACGCUCGCGAUUCUGAAGACCAAGACGAAGUGCCGAAGCGCAAACGGGGGAAGAAGGUAGAUAAGGCCACCACAGGCCGCAAGCGCAAAGCGAAAGACGUGGAUGAGUCGCCGCAAGACGCAGAGAUCAAGCGUCUCAAGUCUUUUGUGACCGCCUGUGGCACGCGCAAGGUGUGGAGCAAAGAGUUUAAGGACAUCAUGGACGACAAGAGCGGGCAGAUCCGCCGGCUUAAGGCUCUGCUUACCGAGCUCGGCAUGACGGGGCGCCUAAGUAUGGAAAAGGCGAAGGCGAUCCGCGCGGAGCGCGAGCUCGCACAGGAGUUGGAGGAUGUGAGAAACUUUGAGAAGGCGGUGGUCAAUGGGCGUACGAGGACAGGACAGCCUGCAAAGCACAUGGAUGAGUCCGACGAAGAAGCGGAGAAUGAGGCCGUUCCAACGAAGAGACGGGCACCAAACGCACGCAUGAGUAUCAUGGCAUUUUUGGGUGACCAGAGCGACGAGGAGUGA